AUGGAUUUCAAAGUUUCAUACGAGCGAUUCAUUCAAAAUGUGAAGUACCAGUUAAUAAGAAUCGAGAAGAACAUUGAGAAGGAAGUUUCCGAGUGGGAAAUUAAACUUGCCCCAUCAGAUCGAGUUAGCGUCAAAGCGAACGUGCUCGAUAGCAAGGGUACAACAUUUAAGGAUCACGAAUGUAAACUGGAAUCUAAAAUCGUCGAAUUUGAACAAAGAGUUGUAAAGCUUGAAAAGGAGAAGGAUCGCAUGAAAUUAGACAUACUGAAUCUCAAGCAAGAAAAAAGCGUAUUAUCGAAUAAGCUGAAUCAUUUUCAAGAGCUAAAACUAUUCGAACAUAGAUUGAAUAAAACUCUAGAACGAAAAAUUCGUAAUAAGACUGAUUUAAAGGCACAAGUUUCUAAUAAUUUACAAGAGAUUGGUCGAUUGGAGAAACAGCUCAAAAAUGAGAAAAAUUUCCAUUCAGCUAUCGAGAAGGAGAAAAAAUCGCUGGAGAGAAAAAUCGAAGAGCUACAGAGACAAACCACCGAGUCGAAUAAAGCAAAUCCCCAAAACUUAAAGCCUCUUAAAGCCAAAAAGAUGAUGAAGAAGAAGAAAGCAAACCAGGAAAAUAUUUAUAAGUGUAAAUCCAGGCUGAAAGAGAGUAAAACGAAACUAAAAUAUGCAGACCGUGAAAAUUCCCAAUUGGCUGAAAAAAACUUUUUGUUGGUAGAAAGCAACCGGAAAACAUCUGAAGAGAUAAAAAAACUGCGAACAUCGUUUCAGGUAGUCGAGGAUGCCCUCAAGCAAGAGAAAAAGAAAACCCAGGAAAUAAACACGCUACUGGAAAAAUGGAAGGAAAAAUUUCACGAACUGGAAGAAAAAAUUCAAACGACAGUGCAAAACCAGGCUGCAUAUGAAUUUCCAAUGGUAACGGCGAUACAAUGUAUCCCGGAAUUCCAUGGCAAAUCAGAAGAGUUGCAGCCUUUUUUGAUGCAGAUUGAUUAUUUUUCAAAUGCCUUUCCUGAAAAUGCUGACCAAAAACCACUACUAAAUGUAGUAUAUACAAAACUAAAAGGCGAGGCUCUCAUGCGUCUUCAUGAUAUACAAGGCGACACAUGGGCCAAUGUGAAACUGAAUUUGAAAAAUAGUUUCCAAUUAGAAAAAAGUAUUGGAACAAUAAUUAAAGAGAUCGAAACACUAAAACAAAGCAGUCACGAAUCUUAUAACGAAUACAAAAUUCGCGCUAAAGAAUUAUAUAGGUUCGUAAGCGCUCUGCCGGAACACGGAAAUGAGUCGUAUGCGAAUACUGCUUUGAGGAAGCAUUUUUUAGCGGGUCUCAAAAGUAACGCUUUAGCCUUGACAGGAAAGUCGCAACGGGAUAAAACAUUCCCAGAAUUACUUGACUGGUUUCAGAAAGAAAUCGAUGAGGAGGAAGAACUACGCGAGAUCCACAACAGACUGCAGUCAACAAGGAUGAGAACAUCGCAACAACAACAAAAUAAUUACAAUAGAAGCACACAAGCCAACAACUACAACUACAAUCGUAAUAACAAAAACAACAGAAGAGGAAAUAAUAACGAUUAUAGAGAACAACGCAACAAUUAUCGAGGAAAUAACAAUAACUACAGAGGGAAUAAGAGCAAUUAUCGAAGAAAUAAUAUCAAUUUUGGAAAAAAUUACAACAAUUAUCAAGGAACUCGAAACUUCGAUAACAAUAACGGCUAUAAUAAUAACAACAAUUCCAAUCCCAACGAAAACUAUAGGGAAAAUAAUAGAAACGGGGGUUAUUACAAAAAUAACAACAAUAAUUACAGGCGACAUAAGGAUAACCAGAAUAGCUAAGCUAUCUCUGUUAGGGUAGCCAUGGUUAACAGAUACAAAAGAAAAAAAGAUUAUUUAGGGGGAAAAUAAAUCGGUGAAAUAAUUAAAGAGGAUAAUGAAAUUACAGAAGAGAUAGAAUAAUAGGAAGAAAAAGGGAAUAAUAGGAAGAAGAAGGGUUUUUUUAAAGAAGAAAAAAAUUACAGAGAAAAUUCAAUGAAAAAAAAAUUAAAUGGAGAAAGGAUAAAUGUAUGAAACGAAUGAAAAUUAUGAUUUAUAUAUAAAGCGUAAAGACAAUCAAGGAGGAAUAAUCGAGAAAAACAAAGGUGUAAGGCGAAUUCAUUAAAACAGUUGAAAGAGUCAAAGCACAAGUGAAGUAAAAUAUUUUUUUUUUGAACAGUUGAAACAGCUAACAGCUAACUACAAAAACAAAUUAACUAUUAUAUUUUGGUGUAAUUUUUUUUGUUUAUAUAUCCAUAAUAAAUAAAGUUCCAAGUAUUUUCACAGAUCGCACCUAGGACCUACAAAAAGAGGGGGGAGAGACCGCAUCCACAGUUUGUUUUUAGGACCGGAACAGAGUGACGCCACACAUCAGCAGAGAGGAGAAAGACGCGAUCUAUCAACAGAAGAAUGUUCCUAUCACGCUGGAAAGAGGCGUACUCAGCAAACAUUAGUGCCUCCCCCGUGAUAUCCGCUUGCUGGAGUGGAACGAUGCUGUCUACAUGGCGCUCUGGUAUAAGGAUGAAGACAACGAGCCGUUGUACAGCUUCGACAUCCGGGGUCGUCAGAUUGCGUCAGACACGCCUCUAUUCCUCGAUAAAAUACUUCGGAAAAGGGCAUUCUUCCGCGCGACUACCCAUCCGACACAGCUGAUGGUCGACAAGUUCAAACUCGGUGAUGAAGGGACCUAUCGGUGACGGUUGGACUAGCGCAACUCAUCCAUCCGGGAUGUGAAAAUUAACUUCACAAUUGUAGUGCCACCGGAUCGACCUUUCAUCUGCAACCCAAAGUGAAGGGAUGAACUUACACCGUUGAACCGUACAACGAAGGCAGCGAUAUUCGAAGGGAGGUCGACCUGAAUGGAAGUGACAUAGUAUAUGGAUAGCACAGUGAUAGACGAAUCGAACGGUCAAUCAUGCUUCGUGCUCGAGUACUGGGCGGCUAAAUCUGGACGCGCCGGACUGAUGUGUGUUGGAAACAACACAAAUCUGACCCAACCGAGAAUAAAAAAAGUUAUUCUACCGACUGUUAAUUAUUUUCACCACAAAAACGAACACGAACACGAUGGAUGAGCUAACAAGAUUAAAAGGAUAGAGGAAUAACUAUACGGAAAGUGACUAGGAAGCAAUCAAGGUGACUAAGAUACUAAAUAUCGCUGGAAAAAGUGCAUACAUUAUGGAAGAAACUGAAAUUAUCGUAUUGCUGGAACAAGUGUGUGUGAAUGUAUUAUUUUAGCUAUUAGCUAUUAUUUCAGUUAUGAGAGUUGGUAAAUGAUAUUAUGUUUCGAACAUUUCCAGUUGCAAUCGGAAGCUUUAUUGUAAGAAAGUGCUUGAGGAAGAUAGACUUUAGUGUUAUAUGUAAGAACUUUCCCAUCAGGGUGGAGUUGUUGUUGAUAGGAACGGGUUUCACCAUAUGGCAGGGUCAGAAUUUGAGUUAAUUCUCAUUUAUUUUUCUACUACUUGUACUGUAAUUCUAUAUAAAAAUCAGAGACAAAGCAAGAAGAUUAUAUAUAUGAUGUAAGAAGAUCAUACACAAUUAUCA